UAAUCAUCAACACACGUGAUUUUUGUACAUACACACAAUUGUUUGUGGUGUUCCUAAACAUACUUGUAGCGAUAAGUUUGGAAGAGAAGAGCUGCAAAGACCCUGCGGAGAGCUACUAUCUUUGUGUCAAGCCAGCCCGAGAACUUGAUGGUGCACUAGAAUCAAUUCGAAAAGGUUACACUUGCAGUGAAGUUUUGUGUUCUGAACUUCGUGAGAAAUCUCUCAACAAACUAACUAACUUAUAGAACCUUGCCCAUUGCUUUUCCUUGUCUGAGAGUGGACUGCUAAACAUGACGUCCAGUGCUUCAUACCCUGCGUAUGAUAUCAAAGAGAUUGCCUUCACAAACUUGAUACUUCUGGGAUUUCCCCAGGAUGAGGCCGAAGCCAAACACAAAAUCUCUUUCUCAAAGGAUAUGUUUGACUUGCCGAAUCGAAAAGGAAUGGAGGUCAUCCUUCACUUUCUUUUCUUUCGCUUGGAUUCUGCAUUGGCGAAGCAAGAACUAAGGGAUUGCUGGCCAAUUUCGGACAAGAAGCAAGAGCAAGGAUUUCGCAAAGCAUGUACCAACUGGCUGACCAACCUAGCUAAGGAGGAUCCAUCUUCUAAUCUAAGCAAUGUCACGGCUUCAGCACUAAUGUCACCUUCUGGAGAGCGGUUUUAUCUCCUUCUCCUCUCUUUGACAACAUACGGGCUGCGACGCUCCAUAAGUCAAGAUUUCCAUUCAGCUGAAGCACGGCAUGUUGCAUCAACAUCAUCACAGUUACCCAACGCUCCUUUCAAAGCACUCUCGGCGACAGCACCGGAUUCGAGUGACACACCGGAGCAUUCCUUGGACAUGUCUUAUCAGAAAGUCCUUCAGGCCAGGUCUAUGAUGCACUGCCAGCAGUUUCUGGAGAAGACGGCUGAACUGGCAAUGUUACGGAAGGAAUGGCACUCUUAUGCCACAGAACUGACGGACCGCCAUCGUCAGCUCAGCAGGUCUCUUCGACAACUCGAGCAAAAAAUACAGAAGGCCUCUGAGCAAGAUCGAUGUUGCCUGGCUGCAAAUCGUCAUGACCUGUCCGGGAUAGCCAAGGAAACAUUGAAAACCGCCGCAGGACAGUCUCAUGGUAGACAGCAAAUGGAAGCCCGUCAAGAUGUUAGAAAGAACAACAUCCGUCAGCUUCGAGAACACAGGUCACAUCUGGAGACAUUUCUUGGAUCACAAUCUCAGUCGAUUGAUAUCCUGGAUGCCAUCUUGCAACGUGAUAGCAAGGAGAAGUGCUGCCUGACUGCAGAAACAACCAGUCUAUCCGCCCUGGAAGCUCUGCGCAAGGAUUCGUCAAGUCUUUACAAAUUGCAAGAAACUGUGAACUCCGACGAAGAAGUUAACCUUCAGAGUGCUGUCCAAGUGUGUCAGGCGGCUGCUACCUCUCUUCAAGACAACAUUGAGAACUUCCAGAGAAAUGGUCUUCUGGAUGCCGGUGGGGCUGUUACCAACAGUCACCUCUCGUCUCAGCUGGAUCUGCAAAGUCAACAGUUGACAUCUCUCAAGUCUUUGAGACUCUACCUACAGGAACAGUACAUACCUCGGCUGGAGUCUGACAGAGCUGCAGCAAAGCAACAGGUAGCACAUCCAGCCAAAACGUCAGCCACACCAAGCCAAGCAAGAUUCCCUGGCCAGCAACUGGGACUUCUCUCGGCCUCACCCAGUCUUAGGAUUGCUCCAGCACGCAGCAAAGGUACUGAUGGUUUGCCCCAUGCAGCAGUCAUGAAGCAUUCCUUUGCUGCAAUCAGUCCGCUUGGCAGUGCUGCUGCUGCAACAGCAAACCGUACCAGCACCAGUAGAGGAAGAGACAGUAGCGGCGCUGCUUCUCUGAAACAAGGUCAUCUUGCUGAUCGGAUGCAAGUGUGGCGUGAACAGGACCAAGAACAACGACACAGCCACCCUAAGCUGCAGCAGCAACAACAGCAGCAGCAACGAGAACAACAGAGGCAGCUGCAACAACAGGAACAACAUCGACAGCAGCAGCAGCAACAGCAGCAGCAACAACAGCAACAGCAGCAGCAACGACAGCAACAGCAGCUGCAGCAGCAACAGCAGCAGCAGCAGCAGCACCAGCAGCAGCACCAACAGCAGGAACAACAAUUGUACCGUCACUAUGAGCUGCAGGAGCAGCAGCAACAGUUCGCUUCCUGCGAUGCACCACUGCAAGCUACCAAUGAUGAAGAUGGAUCUUGGUUGCUUGGUGGAAAUGCUUCUUCGUUCUUGCUGGAUGAUUCAUUGGUACGAGAUGACCCAGCUGAAUAGUGUUGAACCGGGUACUUCUGCUUCUGUCCGUUCGUUACCUUCAGACAGUGUACAGCACAGUGCACGCAGCCGCCGGGUUUGCAACCACGUGACUUCUGUUGCCGUCCGUCCGUCCGUUCAUGGUGGAUACUGGGCACUUAAACAUCCUUUUGUUUGCACUGUAAAUAAGGCUCCGUCUCAUGUCACAGUGACACAUGACUGUACACAAAGGUUGGCUAUGUGUUGUUCACAAGUCCCACUAGCACUACUGCCAAACAGAUGUUCUACUGCUUUUAGCCCCUUCAGGUGGAUAAUCCUGCAUUCAACUAGUACCCUGGUGUAUGUGUGUGCAUGUUGUAUAUGUAGUGAUAUCUAGUGUAGACCUUUGACCUCACUUUUACUUUAUAUGUAUUUUAAUUUUUCAAUUUUAGCUAUUACUGCGUGCAUAAAGUGCACUGUUGAUAUUUUUUGGGAUUUGGGUUUUCUCACGCUGUAAAUCGCAUGUACAUCUUUUCUUGAGUUGAGUUUUGCGGAUUUUUUGUUUGUUUCCUUUUGCUCUUGCUGAGAGAGACACGUUGCUGCAUGGAAAGCCUUCAGUUCCCGCCAGCGCCUCCGUACUGAGGAACAUUACUUGCUGUACCCCAGACAGAAAAUCCGCAAAACAAAGUGAUAACCUACCCGUGAACCCCGGGGCCAGACCAGCAAGUGUACAGUAUUCAACUCCUGUAGAUCUACCAGGCUAUUAGAUAAACCUUGUUUGUUCAAACAUGUUGUUGGUUGACAGCAUGUAACAAGAUGGAGGACACCGUGUUCGGAAAAAUGUGACCUUUCUACAACCAUCCACGGUUGGUAGAGCCCCGGUCCGUUGUGACCAUCUGAACCGUAUGGGUGUUAGACCCGGUUCUGACCCUCUCUAUUCUAGGGGAGUUGUCUUAGACUUCUCGUACCGUCAGUCUUGUAUUCUGUGUUCGCUCUGGAUGUCUUCUUGAUACUCAUAGACUUUAUAAAUAGUAGCUACUGUAGUCAAGUUUGUUCUGAAUUGUUCUUCUUUCCUCUUUUUACACUCUUUUUCAGUUUCCCUUUUCCAACUUCUGCCCAUGGCCGUAUGACGUCCCUCUCUCAUGAGCUCAGCUCGUCAGCUGACUUAACAACAGUCAGACUCACUGUCAGUCACCACCAUGUAUGUACCAUGUACCAGGGAGUCGUCAAAAUACUGUAUUCGACGACUCCCUGGUCACCACUGUUGUGAGAAGGUGCUCUCUCUCUAUCUCUGCAGUCUGUAUGCUGUAUGUAGCCGAGGUUGGUCUACUCUUGCCAGGUCUAGACGUCAACCGGGACGAUACUCACGAGAUAGCGUCAGCUGCUCGCACAUGGCGCGUGUACUAGUGGCACGUGGAAGUCACUUUGUGAUGAUGCGAUUCGGAUAUUAUUGCAUAAUGCUGAUUGCCAGAUUGGUGUGCGAUCGAUAC